CUAUUUCGGUUUUCAGUAGCAAAAAUGUAUAUGUAGAAAAAUGUUACUGUAUGUGAGUACCUUAAAAAAUGUGAGAAACUGGAAGAAAGAAAAUACUGUAAAGCAUCUACAUAUAUCCUAGGCCUUUUGUAUACACAGUUAUUUGUGAUGAUUACAAGGUAUUAUGAAGGCAGGUAGGGUUAUGUCCAUUUUACCGUCAGGGAAGCUGAAGCCUAGAGGUGGAAACUUGUUCAGUGAUGUAAGAUUUAUACCUUCGUUAUACCCUGGAAAGCCCUUCCCAACAUGUUGUCCAUACAGGGAAAAAAAUGAGCAAAGAUAAGUGGCUUAACUCUGAUAUGUGAGUAAGAUAUAGGAAAUUUAUAGAGGAGUUUCUCUCAAUGUGCCAACUUAUUUUGUUCUGUGUUUUAUAUUCUGAGAAUGAUCACCAGCCAUCCCAAAUUCUGUGGUUGUUAAAGCUCCCCCGGGGUUGUUCCUGGUUGGCCCCCACUUGCUUUGAGACUGAUGCAAGGGCAGGUUGAGAGGAAAAGUGACUUUAGCUGGGUUUGUUCUUGGAUCUGGGAAAGAGAUGUGCUUUGAAAAUCAUGGCAACUCUGGGAGGUUAAAAAGAUAUUAAUGUAUCCUAGAGAGUUUGAGGCUUUGCAGAAAUUUACUGGCAGAGCAGAAUGAUUCUGGUAAGUGUUAAGUCGGUGAGGGGAUGAGAUAUAUGAUAUUUUCUGCCAAGUUGGGUAUUCUCUCAAGUAUUCAUUUUGCAUUGCUUAUCCUUUAAGAUAUGAAUAUACAUAUUUCCUUUGUGAGCUUAUCCUACUUCCAGAGUUUUCUCCCCAGCCUGAGCCUUGCUUUGGGUCUUCAGGCCCAAGUUUCUCCCCAUGUCUUGGAUGAUUGCCCCCACCUACCCUGCUGCCACCUGGGAUCCAACAUGCUCAAACCCAGCUGUGAACUAAACAGAGUAUUAAAAGAAAGAGCCUUUGCUUCAGCAGUUUAUGUUAAGACGGGGGCUUGGGUCAUCUCAUCUCCACGAAUGUGUAAGGUGAAAGUCCUGUUAGAUAAGAGUUUUUGGAAGACCCAUGUUUUGUGCUUUUUGGGUUUCAGUAUAAGGUUUUUCCUGCAGGGCUGCAGGGAAAGUUCCCGAGCAUUUCCAACCAGUGAGGUGCAAAAUUAUUUGGGCCUACAACUCUACCUAUUCCUUUCACAAUCAUUUUUGAAAAAACACAUCUGUUAAGCUGAACCAUGUGAAACUGCUGAAUGCUGAUGUUUGGCAGUUUUCUACUUAAAAAAUAGGCCAGCAGUUUUAAAAUUCAACUUAAUAUAUGAACUUUUUGAAAAAGCUUUUCUGGGAAACUAAACGGAAGACGGACGCCAGAUUUCUAGAGCAAGGGGAGGAGGGACCCGAGCAACAUCUCUUCCCAGUAACUCCUGGCUCCUGCGCGCGGCCAGUAAUUUCGACUCCGCCCGCCGACUCACCUGCCCGCCUUGCCACGCCCCAUUUUGCGGCCGCCGUAAAGUGGCUGCGCGGCGUGGCCACGCCCCUUCAGCGCUUGUUGUGACGCAGGCGCCCUAGGCUUUUUGAGCGGGAAAAAGAAGCAACCCUGAGUGGUACCCGGCGCUGUUGGGAGCAGCUGCUUUCUCCCAGGCCCUAUCUCCCGUCCCUGGCAUGGGGCUACUGGAGCUUUGCGAGGAAGUGUUCGGCACCGCCGACCUUUACCGGGUGCUGGGCGUGCGACGUGAGGCCUCCGACGGCGAGGUCCGACGAGGCUACCACAAGGUGUCCCUGCAGGUGCACCCCGACCGGGUGGGCGAGGGCGACAAGGAGGACGCCACUCGUCGCUUCCAGAUCCUGGGAAAAGUCUAUUCCAUUCUCAGUGACAAAGAUCAGAGAGCAGUGUACGAUGAGCAAGGAACAGUGGACGAGGACUCUCCUGUGCUCACCCAAGACCGAGACUGGGAGUCGUAUUGGCGGCUACUCUUUAAAAAGAUAUCUUUAGAGGACAUUCAGGCUUUUGAAAAGACAUACAAAGGUUCAGAAGAAGAGCUGGCUGAUAUUAAACAGGCCUAUCUGGACUUCAAGGGUGACAUGGAUCAGAUAAUGGAGUCUGUGCUUUGCGCGCAGUACACAGAGGAACCCAGGAUAAGGAAUAUCAUUCAGCAAGCUAUUGACGCCGGAGAGGUCCCAUCCUAUAAUGCCUUUGUCAAAGAAUCGAAACAAAAGAUGAAUGCAAGGAAAAGGAGGGCUCAGGAAGAGGCCAAAGAAGCAGAAAUGAGCAGAAAGGAGUUGGGGCUUGAUGAAGGCGUGGAUAGCCUGAAGGCAGCCAUUCAGCUUUCAGCAAGUUCCUCAACCUUUCAGGCCACUUUGGUGUCCUCUAGUGCAAAAUGGCCCCGUGCUUGGAGGACUUUGAAGAGAUCCUGCCCGUCAAGUCUGAAAAUGUUGAACCUCUUACAGGAGCUUGUCCAUUAGGGAGAGAUUUCUUGGCUGUAGAGGCAUCCCGUGAACCAAGAGACCAUUCAUGUUUGGCUGAUGACUGCUUGCUUGACAGAGACUCAUCUACAUGUCGAAAGAAGACAGUACUUAUGAUUGGUUGGAGAAGAUACCUGUUUGGUUUCCCAACCUUGCCUAAAGUUCAUAUUUUCAAUUUGGUUAUUUAUACUUUUUCCCUGUGCUUUAAUUUUUAUAAUAUCUCGGGGACCUUAGCUGGGGCCCCAAGUCAACUAUCCAUGUGAUAGAGCCCCUCCUUUCCUCUCCAUUCCUAAAUGAUAAUAGGUAGGGGGAAGCCUGAUCAAUCUGGAUGAAAACAAUUAACAGACCUCUCAUGGGGAGUGAGGACCUUCAUUAUUAUUAUUAUUGUUUACAUUAUAGUAGAAGAGAAAACUCAGACAAAAUAUGGAACAGUAAUAGAAAAUAAUAAGGGGAAACUCUAACUUGAUCUCAUUCAUCAUCACACAAUCCUGCACUCUGUACAAAAUAAUCCUCUUUCACUACCUGUGGAGCAGGUCAGCUCUCGGUAACCUAAAUCCUAAAGACUGUACUAGGAGGUAAGCUUAUCUGUUCUAAUUUUAGCAGGAUGUAAUGUUUCUUGGACUGGCACUGCCAUCCUAGACCCCUGCUUGUUUUCUCAGAUCAUCAGCUCAUUACCUUUUCUGGCCAUCUCCACUGCCAUAGAAUGUAUUUUCCUUCCUCUUUCUCUUCAGAAUGUUUUAAUUAACUCUUCUUCCUUAGAUCAUGAACGACCAGAAUGUCUUAUUUAUUCAGGGCUUAGGCUACUAAACCAUGGCCACUUCAACAUGCAGAAGUGCUUUAUCACCACCAAAGGAACAUUAAUUUACCUGGUUCAUCCCUGGUGUAAUGACUUAUGAGCCUUCCUAAUUUUCUUUUCUUUUUUUUUUUUGAGAUAGUCUCGUUCUGUCACCCAGGUUGGAGUGUAGUGGUGUAGUCUCAGCCCACUGCUACCUCUGCCUCUCAGGUUCAAGUGAUUCUCCUGCCUCAGCCGCAGAGUAGCUGGGACUACAGGUGCCUGCCACCAUACCCAGCUAAUUUUUGUAUUUUUUAGUAUAGAUGGGGUUUCACCAUAUUAGCCAGGUUGGUCUUGAACUCCUGGCCUCAAGUGAUCCACUCACAUUGGCCUUAUUUUCUUUUUAAAUACCUGUUUUGUAAAUCCAGCUGCACAGUAUCUGGCCAGUAUACCAACAAAGAUCUGGUAGUAAAACCAGAAAAAAACAAAACAAAAACUAGAUCUGGUAGUAAAAUCCAGGGUUGGUAAUGUGGCCUAAAGAGUAGAUUAGAAUUUCUCUCUCUCUCUCUCUCUGUUUGAGACAAGCUGGGCAACAUAGUGAGACUCCUGUCUCUAAAAACCAAACAGGGACCAGGUGUGGUGGCUCACGCCUAUAAUCCCAGCACAUUGGGAGGCUGAGGCAGGUGGAUUGUAUGAGGCCAGGAGUUUGAGACCGGCCUGGCCAAUAUGGUGAAUCCCUGUCUCUACUAAAAAUACAGAAAUCAGCUGAGUGUGGUGGUACACUUCUGUAAUCCCAGGUACUUGGGAGGGUGAGGCACAAGAACUGCUUGAACCUGGGAGGCAGAGGUUGCAGUGAACCGAGAUCACACCAGUGCACUCUAGCCUGGGUGACAGUGAGAGACUGAAAAAUAAAAACAAAAAAUAAACAGGUGGGCCAUGUUGAGAGAACAAGGAAGGAAAAAGCCAAAAGGAAGGAGGCAUUCAAAGGACGAUGUAAAGGCCAUAGAGAAUCUAUGAAACCACUUUCAUAGAUUUCAACCACUAAGAUGAGCCCUUUUUAUUAUCCUCCAUUUUUCCCAAAACAGAUUUAGGCUGACCACAUGGUUAAUUCUAGAUUGCACAACGUAUGGAUGCCUCCUCAGAAGAGCUAAGAAGUAUUUAUCAACUCUAAUUUGCUAUUAAUAUUUUAAACUAAAACUGACCAAGGCAAAGAGUCACCGAUUAUGAUAAACACAUAACUGUACUAAAAAGUAUUAAGUCAGAAAUCAUACAAGUAAGGCAAACAACUGAGCAAAUUUCCUCUGGUGAGAGUAGCUCCAGAGUCUCCAACUGAUCCCUCUGGGGCUUACCGGAUUUGAGAUGGACAGCACCUUAGACUGUGGCACUCGUGGUAACACCAAAGGGUGUGGUUCACUCAGCACACAGGGACUUUCUGAAUUGGGUCUGGUAACUGCAGCAUUACUCUCAUCAUCUGGGCAAAGGAAUAAAAUCUAUUAUCCAUGGGUAAUCUUCUGGCCCAUAGCAACAGUAUUGUGAAAAAAAUCUCUCCUGAGAAUUCAUAGUCUUCACUUAUUUUUGCAGCCCAAUUUUAUACCACCUGCAUGAUUCAAAAAAACCCUCAAACCAAGACUAGUUGAAAGUGGUUUCCCAGGCACCUGGCAGAAGGAGAAAAAUAUCUCUAGAGCAAAGUCGUCCCACACACCUUUGGAGCUGAUGGAAAUGUUCUAUAACUGUGCUAUUCAGUGUGGUAGCCACUACCCUCCUGUAGCUAUAGAGCGCUUAGCAUGUGGCUAGGGAGUGAGGAACUAAAUUUUAUUUUUAAUUUUAACUGAUGGCCAAACGUGGCUGAUCCCUACUCUAAUGGACAGUGUAGCUCUAGUGGAGCCUUAAUUAAUCCAGACCUCAAUUUUGACAGGUAAAGUUCUGAGAUUAGAAACUGCUGUUAAGAAUCAUAUCCAGAAAGAAACAAGGCAUCUUGAAAAAGAGCAAGCAAAAACAACAUAAUCAGAUCAGCAAGGAUUUCAGAAAUUGGAAUUGAUAGAUGUAGAAUAUAAAACAAAAGCAGAAAUAGAAAAUAUGACUAAGAACAAGACACCAUAAAAAUGAUCAAGCAGGCUGGGCAUGUUGGCUUAUAUCUGUAAUCAAAGAACUUUGAGAGGUGGAGGCAGACUGUGUGAGGCCAGUAGUUCAAGACCAGCCUGGGCAACAUAAGGAGACCCCCAUCUUUACAAAAAAAAAUUAAAAUUAGGUAGCCAUGGUGGCAUGUGCCCUUGGUCCCAGCUACUUGGGAGGCUGAGGUGAGAAGAUAACUUCAGCCCAGGAGGUUGAGGCUGUAGUGAGCUGUGAUGGCACCACUGCACUCCAGCCUGGACAACAGAGUGAAACCCUGUUUCAAUAAAUAAAUAAAUAUAUAUUAAACUUUUCUUCAUUAAUUUAGACUUUAAAACUCUUGAUUAAAAGUUAAAAUGAUUAUAAAAAGUUAUAAAUACGUGAUUACAUUUCAUCAGAGUUUUAUAUACUUUGAGGUUAAAGUUCACAGACCAUGUAGUCCUACUGCAUAUAUUGCAAACCUGCAUGUAGUUGGCUUCUUCACACAGAGUUUGGAAAAGUUGCCCUAAUAGUAGAGAUAGGUUUGUACCAGCAACUUUCAGUUUGUUCUAACAACAAUGAACCAACUGGUCCACGACAAAGCCAAAACUGCAAGUGUUCUCUUUCUAUACUUCCAGGUAUUCCAAUAAAAAGUAAUGACAACAGCUAACAUUUACUGAGCUCUUACGUAUUCCAGGAUCUGCCCUAUAUACUUCGAUGUAACUUAUUUCUUAAACAAUCCUAUGAAACAGAUAUUAGUAUUUAUACUCAUUUUAUUGAUAAAGAAACUGAGGCUCAAAGAAGUUAAGCAACUUGCCAAGGGUGUAGAUAAAGUUAGUGUCACAGCCAGCAGUCAAGCCCAGUUGUCUGGCAAUGUAGUCUGUGCUUUAACCAUUAAAUAACACUGCUUCUCAUGGGGAUCACAUUUCAGAGCAGGGUUGGCAAACUAUGGCCCAUGGGCCAAAACUGGCCUGCUACUGAAAAAAAUAUAUAUACAUUGUGGUAAAAUACCUGUGAUUUACCAUUUUACACUCAUGUCACUUAACAGCAGGGAUACAUUCUGAGAACUGCAUCGUUAGGUAAUUUUGUCAUUGUGUGAAUGUCUGAGUGUAUUUACACAAACCUGGGUGGUACAGCCUAUUACGCACCUAAGCUAAAUUGUAUAUAGCUUGUGCCUAGGCACAGGCCUGUACAGCAUAUUACUGUGCUGAAAACUGAAGGCAACUAUAAUUCAAUGGUAUUUAUUUAAACAAGCCUACACAGAAAAGGUACGAUAAAAUUAUGGUACAAAAGAUAAAAAUUGUACACUUGCAUAGGGUGCUUACCAUGAAUGGAGCUUGCAGGAAUGAAAGUUGUUCUGAGUGAGUGAGUGAGUGGUGAGUGAAUGUGAAGGCCUGGAUCAUUACUGUACACUACUGUCUAUAAAUGCUGUACACUUAGGUUACACUACAUUUUUUAGAAAUUUCUUUUUCUUCAAUAAAUUACCCUUAGUUUAUUUUACUUUUUUAAUUUGUAAAUUUAUUUUUUUAACCUUUUGAUCCUUUUGAAAUAACCGCUUAAGACAUAAACACUGUACAGCUGUAUAAAAAUAUUUUCGAUUUCCUUAUUCUGUGAGGUUUGCCCAUUUUAAAAUUAGUUUUUACUGUUCAAUCUUUUUUGUUAAAAUUUAAGACACAAACACACACAUUAGCCUAGGCUUACUUGAUAUAAACUUACUUUGUAAUUUUUUAUUUAUAUAUUACCCUUCAAUAAAAACAUUUUUUUUCCUUUUACUCCUGGCAAGCUGUGAUUCAAUAAGAAGUUUAAAAAUGUGUUUGCUGGAUUUCUCCUUCCAGCCAAGAUGGAGUAACAUGAACUGGGUUUACUCUCCUGCUUAAAACAACCAAUAAAACACACAAUGGCUUUCAAGACACUGUACAUCAGAUAAUGGAAGUUCAUAAACCCUGAGAUGAUAAACAAAUGAGACUAGACCUGCAAUUGCCUUGAAAAAGUUUCCAAGAUAUGGCAUAAAGAGAGGGAACUGGCCGGGAACAGUGGCUCAAGCCUGUAAUCCCAGCACUUUGGGAGGCUGAGGUUGGCGGAUCACAAGGUCAGGAGUUCAAGACCAGCCUGGCGUGGCGAAACCCCGUCUCUACUAAAAAUACAAAAAUUAGCCAAGCGUGGUGGUACAUGCCUGUAAUCCUAGCUACUCAGGAGGCUGAGGCAGGAGAAUCGCCUGAACCUGGAAGGUGGAGGUUGCAGUGAGCUGAGAUCGCAUCACUACACUCCAGCCCAGGUGACAGGGUGAGACUCCAUCUUAAAAAAAAAAAAUGCACACAAAGAGUGGGAACUAAGGCACAGCCUGGUAACUCCCUGAGUUGACAGUCCAGAGACCAAGGCAGCUAGGAUUCACAGAACAGAGUAUCUUAGAGAAGAGAAAUAUACAGGAAGAGAACCCAUGGUGUCUGUAGAGGGUGGGGCAUCGUUUGAGCAUUCAGAAUAUACUGAUCAGUGUACAUAUCAGAAGCCACCUGAGGCUAUGGGGAAAAAAAACUAAAAGAAGGGAACAAGGAAUACUGCCUGUUCCUACCCUCCAAACUAGAACAAAAUCUAUUCAUGGAGCACUGGGCAGAAUAAGAUCUUGCCCCAGUAGGUGGGUAACAAAUUAGCUCUAGAUUGAACAUUGCUCCAGACCUAACAAAUCAUAAAAGAAAGACCAGAAUGGAUCAAACUGUUUGCAAGUAACUUAAUAGCAUUUCAGAACAAAGCUCAAGAAAAUAUGCAGUAAUAAAAAGAAAAAAGGAAAUUCACCCCUUAUGUAACAUUCACAAUGUCGAAUCCAGUCAAAGAUCACCAGGAAAAUACAAGUCAUAAUGAAGAGAAUAUAAAUAACUGAAACCAACCUAGAAUCAACAGAUAUUCAAGUUAUUCCAUUAUUCCACAUUUUCAAAAAAUCAAAUAGAGGCAUGGAAAAUAUAUAUGUCUUUCUCAAAUCAUACUUUGAGAUGAAGAUGAAAAUAUCUUACGUGAAAUUCUGUAAAUGAGCAAAUUCAACACUUUAGAAGAAAAGAUUAAUGAACUUGAUGGCAUAACAAUAGAAAUUACCCAAAACGAAAUACAUAAAGGAAAAAAUAAAAUAAAAUUUUUAAAGCAUGAGUUAUCUGAUGGAUAAACAGUGAUCAAACGGACUAAUUUGAAAGUGACUGAAGUCCUGAUGGAGGAUGUGGGACAGAAAAAAAAAUCUGAAGAAAUAAUUGCUGAAAGCUUUCCAAACAAACAAACCUACAGCUCUAUGAAGUUCAACAGACUCCAGGCAGAAGAAACAAAGAAAAUUACAUUAAGGCACAUCAUAAUCAAAUUGUUCAAAACCAGUGCUAAAGAGAAAAUCUUAACAGCAGCCAGAAAAAGAAAAGAUACAUCCACACAGGAACAAAGGAUGACAACAGAUUUAUUUUCAGAAACAAUGCAAGUGAGAAGAAAAUGAACAGCAUUUUAAAAUUACUAGGAGGCAAACUAUUGACAUAGAGUUCAUAAAAUUAUUUUGCAAAAAUGAAAGCCAAAUAAAAGAAUUUUCAUAUCUACAAAAGAAACAAUUCAUCACUAGCAGAAACACAUACACGCAAUGUUAAUGGAUAUUCAUCAGGCUGAAAGAAUUAAAAAAAAUGUUUUUAGCUUAUAAAAUUCAUAUAACAUAAAAUUCACCAUUUUAACCAUUUUAAAGUGUACAGUUAAGUGGUUUUUAAUAUAUUCACAGUGUUGUACAAUCAUUACCACUAUGUAAUUUUGAAAAAUUUCCAUCACUCUGAAAAGAAACACGGUACCUCUCAAUUUUCCUCUUUAUCCAUUCCCUGGCAACCACUAAACUACUUUCUGUCUCCACAGCUCUGCCUAUUCUGGAUAUUUCAUAUGAAUGGAAUCACACAAUAUACAUGGUGCUUUGUGAUUGUCUUCUUUCAUUUGGCAUAUUUUCAAGGUUCAUCCAUGUUGUAAUGUAUCAGUACUUAAUUGCUUUUUAUGGCUGAAUAAUAUUCCAUUGCAUGGUAUACUAGUCUGCUAGGGCUGCCAUAACAAAAUAGCACUGAUUGGGUGGACUGCACAAUGGACAUUUAUUUUCUCACAGUUCUGGAGGCUAGAAGUCCAAGAUCAAGCUGCUAACCUGGUUUUGAGGUGGCCAUCUUCUUUCUGUGUCCUCACAUGGCCUUUCUCCACAUGUGUGUAGAAAGAGAUCUCUGGUGUCCCUCUUCUUACAAGGACACUGGCCCUGUUGGAUUAAGAGCCCACUCUUAUGACUUCACUUAACCUGAAUUACCUCUCUAAAAGCGCUAUCUUCAAAUACAGUCACUUUGGGUUGUAACAUAAGAAUUUUAGGGGGAAACAAUUCAUCCCAUAACAUAGAGAUAAACCAAAAUUAUGUUCAUUCAUCAGCUGAUGGACAUUUGAGUUGUUUCCACUUUUUGGCUCUUAUGAAUAAUGCUGCUAGGAGCAUUCAUAUACAAGUUUUGUAUGGACAUACGUUUUCUCUUCUCUUGGUUAUAAACCUAUGAGUGGAAUUUUCUUGGUCUUUUAAUAAUUUUAUGUUUAACAUUCUGAGGAGCUGCCAAAUUGUUUCCACAGUAGCUCCAGAGUUUUUUGUUCUCACUGCAAUGUGUGAGGGUUCCAAUUUCUCCCUAUCUUUACUAACACUUGGAUUUUUCCUUUAAGAAAUAAAAUUUAAUUAAAAAGGUAUAUACACAUAGCCAUCCUAGUGGGCAUGAGGUGGUAUCUCAAUGUGGUUUUGAUUUUCAUUUCCCUAAUGACUAACGAUGUACAACAUCUUUCAUGUGCUUAUCAGCCAUUUGCAUAUCUUCUUUGGAGAAAUAUCUAUCCAAAUCAUUUGUCCAUUUUUAAAUUGGGUUGUUUGAGCUUUUAUUAUUGAGAUGUAGUUCUUUAUUCCAGAUACUAGAUCCUUAUAUGAUUUGUAAAUAUUUUCUUCCAUUUUACAGCUUGUCUUUUGCUUCCUUGAUAACGUCUUUUAUGGCACAAAGUUUUACAUUAUGAUGAAGUCCUAACUAUCAUUUUUUCUUUUGCUGCUCAUGCUUUUGGUGUGAUAUCUAACAAUGUAUUAUCAAAUCCAAGGUCAUGAAGACUUACUCCUUUGUUGUCUUCUGAGAGUUUUAUAAUUUUGGCUCUUAAAUUUAGGUCCUUGAUCCAUUGUGAGUUGAUUUUUGUAUAUAGUUUGAAGUCAGAAUCCAACUUUAUUCUUUUCCAUGUGAAUAUACAGCUGUUCCAGCAUCAUCUGUUGAUGAGGCUAUUCUUCUCCCAUUGAAUGAUCUUGGCACCCUUGAAAACUAAUUGGCCACAUAUGUGUGGGUAUAUUUCUGAGCUUUUGAUUUUAUUCCACUGAUCUAUUUGUCUGUCCUUAGGCCAGUUCCACACAGCCAGUUUUGAUUACUGCAGUUUUGUAAUAAUUUUUUAAAUCAGGAGAUAUGAAUCCUCUACCUUUAUUCUUUAUAAAUACUGUUUUGACUAUUCAAGGUCUCUUGCAUUUCCAUAUGAACUUCAGGAUCAGCUUGCCCAUUUCUGCAAAAAAAGGCAGCUGGAAUUUUGAUAGGGAUUGUACUGAAACUGUAGAGUAUUUGGGGAGUAUUACCAUUUUAACAAUAUUAAGCCUUCUACUCCAUAAACAUAGGAUGUCUUUCCAUUUCUUUAGUCUCCUCUACAUUCUUUCUAUAAUAUUACAUAGUUUUCAGUGUGGAAGUCAUCUUUUUUUUUCGAGACAAAGUCUCACUCUGUCACCUAGGCUGGAGUGCAGUGACAUGAUCUCGGCUCACUGCAACCUCCGCCUCCCAGGUUCAAGCAAUUCUUCUGCCUCAGUCUCCCGAGUAGCUGGGACUACAGGCACACGCCACCAUGCCCUGAUAAUUUUUGUAUUUGUACUAGAGACAGGGUUUCACCAUAUUGGCAGGAGCCUAAGACAAGAAAUUAUCUGAAAAGAUAUACAUAUGUGGCUUUUGUCUAAUUUAGUGAACCCCACUGAUACCAUGGAGAGCCAUAAAGUUUUUGAGAAAAUUAUUUCAAUAGAAAAACUGCCAAUUUGGACUAAUAGGACAGAGUCAGUACAAAAUGGAAGAAGGUUGUCAGACCCCCAAAAUUGUACGGCAAUAAGCAGCCUGAUAAAACUACUUCGCUACAAACAUGUGCUGCCUUUCAUGAAGAAAGGGAAGAUGAUUGAGAGGGUGAAACCAGUCCCCUGAGAAUGGAGCAGAGAACUGCAGAGGAUGAGUCCCAGGUCUUGAAA